UCUGGAUCUACUACUGUUUAUUUUAUACAUUAGAACAAAGAAUAAAUAAACGAAUUCCUACAUAAAGACACAUGAAAAUUCGAUUAUUAUCAAUUAUAACAAUCAUUAUACAAUGCAUUCCAUCCAUCUUAUCAGCUACGUCGAGUAAUCAAAAAGAAAGUUCAUCAUCUUAUUAUUAUGUGGUACGUUCACCAAAAAUUGAAAAACGAUCAUAUACAGAAGAUGAAGCAUUAACACAUCAGAAAGAAAAAACAAAAAUUGAUACUGCUAUUCAAACAUAUACAAAAACAACAAAUACAUCCUCUUCACUUUUGUCUCCAGCAUCAUUAUCAAUAACAUCAUCAUCAUCAUCAUCUUAUGGUAAUAAUGUGAAAAAGAAUAAUGGUGCAUACAGUGUUAAACCUAAUGUAACUAUGAAUGCAGAAAGUAUAUAUCAAGAUAAAAAUUCAUUGAAAUAUGUGAAAACUGUAAAAAAACGUCGAGAAAUCAGUGAAGUUAUUAAACAUAUACCAAAAUCGACAUAUAAUCAACAAUCGAAUAAAUAUACUGAUCAGAAUAAGAAAACUAAUAAUUAUAAUGAUAAAAAGGAAACAAAGAAUUACAAUAAUGUUAAGAAGAAAUACACAUAUUCUGAUAGUAGUAGUAGUAGUAAAAGUAAUGACAACAAUCAUCACAAUGAUAAAAACUACAAUAAUAAUAAUAAUUAUAACGGUAAUAAUAAUAACUACAACGGUAAUGACAAUUACAAUAACAAUCACAAUAAUUACAAUGGUAAUAGUAACGAUCGUUACAAUAAUGGCAAUAACUACAAUGGCAAUGACAAUUACAAUAACAAUGACAAUAAUUACAAUGGUAAUAAAAACAAUUAUUACAAUAAUGGCAAUAACUACAACAGUAAUGGCAAUGAUGGUAACAAUAACGACUACUAUUCACAUGAUUACAUCAAAAACACUGGCAGCUACAAUAAUGAUGUAAAAUAUAAUGCUGAAAAUUACAAUCGUGAUUAUACACGCAAUGUUUAUAUAUCUGACAAUAAUGACCGUAGGAAUAAUCGAAAUUCCAAUAGAAAUUACGUGAUUAAAAAUACCAAAUUUAACAAUUAUGCCAACAGAUAUAAUGGUAGGCGAAGAAAUAAUAAAAGAUAUAAUAAUAAUAAUAAUAAUUACAACAAAGCCUAUAAUAACCAAAGACGUUAUAAUGAAAAUCAUAAUAUCGGGAAUAAUAACAAUUACAAUCGUAACGGUAAUCAAAACUAUCAGAAUGGUUAUCGUGCUUACAAGUACAACUAUAAUGGUAAUAAUAAUAAUGACCGGAAUAAUUUCGAUGACAAAUCUAAUUACAAUUACAAUAAUGAUCGUAAUAACCACAAUAACAGACAGAUUAAUCAAAAUGUCAAUUAUAAUAUCAAUAACAAUGACGCUUACAAUGGAUAUGAUAAUUACAAAACCAACAAUCAUCCUGAACGUAAUAUACCCUAUCAAAAUAACAAUAAAUAUAAUAACAUUGAAAAUAAUGUGAAUAAUGAUAAUAGUAAUAAUAAUUAUCAUGAUAUGUACAAUACUAAAGAUUAUGAAACUAACAGAAAUCCUGUUAAUUAUGGUAGUAGUCAUAUUAGAAGUAAAUUAGGUAAACCAGAUUAUUCUACUCCUGCAGAAAGAAAUAAUGAACAAAAUUAUCCAUCAACGCCAAAUACAGCGAAUGAACAAUUAAAUAAUCAAGAAAGUAAUCAAUAUGGGAAAGAAAAAGAGAAAGAUACAGAUUUUAAUCCAUUAGGACAAGAUGAUAAUCCCAUGUCCGGUUUAAAUCCUUUUGGUGGUUUGUUCAGUUUAGGACAAAUGGGAAAUGGAGGGUCAGGUUUUUAAAUUUUAUGCUAACUAAAUGAUUAACAAUUACUCAAAUUCAUGGAUAUAUUGUGACAAAAAUAUGUUUUAUUUUUAAAAUAUCUUUCUUCAACUGAUAUCAUAUAAACAGUUAAUAAAAAGCUUAUUUAUUAAGCUAGAUUUUUCCAGUCAAAAUGAUUUAAUAUUUGUAAUUGAAUGUCAUGUUUGUAUGUUUAUCAUGUUUUUUUUUCUAAGAUCUGAAAUAGAAGUAUGAACUGAUUUGAUGA